CGCGUGCGCAGCGACCCCAGGAGCACCCUCGUCGAGAGACAACGACCGCCCCGACGGACGUGCCGCGAGCAGAGGCGUAAUGUUGUGACACCACUCACGACACCCGACAAGUAUUCAAGAAUGUCUGCGAGCUACUUCCUGGACCUGGGAUAGCGUGUAAACACGAGAGAACCGUUGCUCGCAGCGCACGACUCGCCGUUCCCCCGCGUGUAUCCCGAGCGUGUUGUCAUGGACGUGGCGUCGCCGCGUUUAUAAAUGGAUAAAAUCCCGCGGCAGACGCGCCUUAAGUAUAAGUCGGGAUAUACCUACGAUGCGAUUGCGCAGCUGUUUUUUAAUGGGUAAGGUAGUUCGCGAGGGGACUACUCUCUGUACGCCGCGACGCGAUGCCUCUAACGGCUCUAACGGCCACGAAUGGUUAGCGCUGCCACGCGAGCUUUAAAGGCGCGACGUUAACGAUACGCGUGGAGACACGCGCCCCGAGGAAUCGGCACUGGUGCCCCGCCUCAGCUUCGCGAGGAACACGAAAUUGUAUGCAUGACAGGAACGGGAGACGUUGGCCGCAGACGUGUUGAGUGGCGCCGAAACGCAAAUAUCGCUCGCCGCAACUGCUAAACAAUUUUGGAAAGAACAAAAUAAGCUGAAACGGUGGCUAGACGCUGCCCAUAGUAAGGAGGGGCUGCGUGGGUAUGCAGCAGCCUCAGUCACGCCCUCUUCUUGGGGACUCAGUAUCCUCUACAACUUCCCCGAAUGCGCGUAAUAAUCCAGUUACCGUUUUGACCCCACAACAAUUGCAGCAAUUACAACAGUUACAAGCCCAGAAUAGCAGUGGCCAGUCGCUAACGUUCGCUUUGCAACAGACAUCAAACAAUCCACAAGAGCCAGGAAAUGGGUCGGCAACUGGAAAUCACAUAGUCUACGUAAAUCAGUUGAACCAAUUGAAUCAGAGUACUAUAAACCCCUCGGGGACUGGUAUGGGCCUACCCCCGGCCACCCCCACUUUUGGGGUGGGCCUUAAUAUGGGAUUGCCACUAUCACUUCUAAAUACCAGUCUUACAUCUCUCACAUCCAAUGUUAUCACCACAUCGAAUCCUCUGCUGAAUUUGGGCUUGCCGAGUAUAAGCACAGGGCUAACCACGAUUAAUCCUAACCUGAAUCACCUGAAUGCUAUCAAUUCCAAUCUAACGUCCAACAUUGGUUCAAACAACAUCAACAGCAGUUUGUCCAAUUUGGGACAAGAUUUGAAUAGCAUUAACGCGGGGGUUAACACCGGGAUAAACAGGCUCAGUACGAUAAAUUCUACGAAUAUUAAUUCUGGGCUGUCUGGAGUAAGCGCUGGACUGACCGGGCCAAAUUUGACGAGUCUAAACUCAUCGAGCGUGAAUCAGAAUCUUACUACGCUGAAUACCAACUUGACCGUCGCGAAUUCCGGCGUGUCCGGUUUAUCGGUUAAUCCGAAUACGAAUUUGGCUACCGCUAGCAUAAAUUCUGGUGUGAAUCAAGGUCUUAAUCGAUCUGCAAAUGCCCUGGCCGCAACUGGUUUGACGCCAACUAGUUUGAAUUCCAGCAGUGCACAGUUUCCAUUCCAAACGAUACAGAGCAUUCAGAAUAUCGCACCACACAUCGUCGCAUCGUCUAAUAUAGCACAUGUACCAAACUCUGCUAUAUCGCAACAUCCUAAUUCGAACAUCUCACAAAUCUCUAACUCCGGAACUCUGAGUUCCAGUUCCAGCAUAUUCACGAGCACUCCGAGCGAAUCGAUUCAUGCAACCACUGCAAAUGUGAAUCACGCUUCGAACGUGAAUCUCACUACGAACAUACCGCACCUUGGUACAAUGCACUCUAAUUUAUCAAAUAUAUCGACGUCAAAUGUGCAACAUAUAUCCGCGCCCAAUGAACCGACCAUGUCAUUGAGUCAUGUUUCUUCUUUAAGUUCCUCCCAGUCGACUGGAUUUCAACCACAGCGACAGUAUUCACAGGGGAUAAGCCCCGGGUUAAGUGCGUCAGUAGCAUUGACAGGCACAACACAACCGUCGAAUGUGGUCAGUACUAUGAAUACUGUUAAGUCUAUGCAAAAUAUCCAAGGUCAGAACAUUAGUUCGCCGGGCAGUCCGUUUUCAAUACCCUUGAAAAGUCCAGCGUCUAAUAUAGCACCGCCUACGCCGAGUCCUAGCCCUAAUCGAGUUAUACUUAGAAGUCCGGCUUCGAACUCGAUACAGUCCAAUCGGAAUAGUCCAAGCCCGGUCAGCACGUCGACUUCGAACAGUAACUUUAACAUGCAGAUGCAAAGCCCCAUGCAGAGCCCGAUGAGUGUUAGCCAAAUACAGAGCCCUGUACUUAGCCCGUAUCCCCCUGCAAAAAGCCCUCAUCUAUUAAGCGGGAAUAGUUCUCUCAACAAUAGAAGCCCAGCACCUGGCGGUAGCCCUGGUCCACCUGUGGUUAGGCCUAAUACACCCAUAUUGCAGCAAGGAAUGCAGGUGUUACAAAUAAUUCAUGGUACACCACAGGGUUAUCAAUCUACCCCAACCCAGCUGGUGACCAGGACCCAAUUAUUUGGAAAUCAACAGAUACAAAUAGCGGCGAAUAAGCCCACCAAACAACCGCCGCAAAUUUUGCCGAAACCACCAAAUCAGCAGACUAAUACGUCUCAACAAAAGUCGCAGAGAGUUACCACUACAAUUACAAAUCAGGUAACGCAGCAGAGUCAGCCGCAAAUUGUUCUCGCUGGGCCACAACCAAGUCCAACUACAGCAACAAUGAUCCCAACAGCGCAGGGGUUACUACUGAAUCAGGUAUUGCCCUCUACUGGACCUGUCAUUGUACAGCAGCAGCCAGGAGGCGUUCAACUCAUACUAAGGACGCCAGCAGGCGCGCAGCAACAAACGCAUACUGCACAGUUGACAACACAGCAACAAUUGGUGAGGGUUGUCACAGCACAAGGUAUGCAGCUGCAGGGGAUUGCGCCCACAUUCUUUGCCGUACCCAAUGGAUUUCCUCCAGCUGCUUCUCCAGUAAUAAGGCAUACUCCAUCUAGUCCUGCACCAUCUAACUCAGGAACUAGCAAUCCCAUCGUCAUUCAGAAUGCUAUGGUACAAAGUCCUCAGUCGCAAAUCUCCCAAGUCACAUCUGGUAACACUACUACUGGCAAUGCUUCGUGCCCGCAACCUGUCUCGGAACAAAGUCUACUGCCGCCUCCUAAGAAAAAGGCGAAAAAGAAGAAGAAAGCCAAACGGAAAGAUGAUGUACCGAAGUUAGAUCUCGCCCGUAUCAUAAAAAUAUCGGGCAUCGUCGACGACGAUGAUAUUUUUGAUUCUGAGCUGACAACUGAAACCGAAGUUCCUUGCCAGACGCAACAAAGCGAAACUAAUUCCGGGCAAUCCUUAGGCCAACUUUCGCAAGGAACAGUUCCUGCUAGCUCUACUCUAACUCAAGUACCUGCAACGAACACAACGAACACGCAAGCUCCUGUGUCGCAACCACUCAACAAUCAGCUUGUCACCCAACUCCAGAUGCCCGUACAAAAUACGCUAACGGGACAAUUUCGUAUAUCAAUUGGAGAAGACGGGAAACAACUUAUUUUACAACAUACCCCCGAACCCAAUCAACCCGAAUUAGAUUCAGCGACUGCGCAAGCUUUGAUACGAUCUCUGACUCAAGGUAGCGGGCAAAAUGCGCAGAUUAUCUCGCAGUUUUUCAAUCAAACGCAAAGUACGCCACAGUCCACUCAAAGUACCCCAACCCAGCAGAGACAAAAAUACGUCAAAUCUCCUUUAUCGACUGGAAAUCAAGCUUCAACCAAUACUAUAAGUUCUACAUGCUCGCAAAAUGUCAUUUGCACCACUAGUCCGCAUCAUAGCCAGAUAUGUUCAAAGCCGAUUAAUCAGCAGAAAAAUACGAUCAUUCCUCACGAGACGAAUACGCUACCUAAUAUCUGCGCUCAAAGUAACCUUGGAUCUUUACAAGAGACACAAACGUCUAAGAACGUCAAUGUACAAAAACGGAUGCAAGGCAAAAAUGUUCAAUCUGCAUUGUCACAAACAAGCAAUAAUACUCCUCUGAAUGCUCCGGAUGUUCUAUCGACAAAGCCCUCGCCUAUGUUUGGCAUUCAGGGUCCUCGAAUGCCUAACGUAAGUCAAACGAGUUCCAAUCAACAGAAUUCCAAUCUUUCUCUACAAAAGUCUAGUCAGGUACGACUCAUGAACGCUUGUAUAACAAAUAUACGGCAAAAUUUGGGCAAGCAGUCACAGCAGCAGCAACAGCAACACAGCGCUCAUGUGCAAAAAUCAUUAUCCGGCAGCUCGAUAGCACAAAACGAUCACAUGUCUAAGACUAACCAGAGUCUUCAGCAAACGAGUCAAGAGACUCUCACGUUGCAGCAAGAAUCGCCGUUGUUUCAACAUAACCAACAGAUCACUGCGCAAACCGUACAAACUCAAAACGUGCAACAAAUAUUUGAACAAAACUUGCAGAGCUCAAACAUUCAUCAUAAUUCCAUGAAUAUAUUGCAACAACAAAGUUCUUGCAACACUAUGCAACAACACGAUACUAUGAACGUUUUACACUCGAGUAUUCAACAAAACACGAUUAACGUACUGCAACAAAAUACAGCUGGCAAUGUGCAGAAUAUAGAACAAAAUUUGCAGUCGGGUAUCAAGGAUAUAGCUCACGCGCAACAGAACGUCAUGACUAGUUUGCAACAACAAAAUACGUCUGCUGUUUUACACAACACGAGUGUCCAGCAAAAUGUGAAUGUUCAGCAACAGAAGGUAGUAACGGCAAACACCUACUCUUCCAUUAAUCACUUCGAGUCUCAAAACUCCGCUAACGUCGUGCAGCAAGGAAUCAAUACGCAACAAAGUAACCCGAAUCAGAAUAUAUUGAUUACGACCACUCCUACUUCCACUGCUACCCAACAGAAUGAAUCUCAAAAUGUCGAGUCCCAAGGUGCAAAUAUUUUGAAUUCGGCGAACAAUAUACUGAAGAGCACGGCUACAAUCUCGCCCGAAAUUUUUAACGCGUUGAGAAACUUAAAUCCUAACGAACAGCUGCUAAUUGCGACGAACAAUGGUCAGAUGCAAGUGAUCAGUCAGCAACUCUUGCAACAACUUUUAGCUGGACAGUUGAAUGUAACAAAUCAGCCAAAUCAGAAUCAAAAUCCAACGCAGAAGAUAGUGAUUGGCGAGUCGGAUGCAAACAGUCAGAACCUGCAAGGGGUUCAGAUCAACACUCCAACGAGCCAGAUAAUCGUCAACAGUUCUGGUGGAGCGCCAACAAUCCAAAAUAAUAUUCAGAACAUCGUGGUACAAGCUGCACCACCCCAGAUGCCGCAGCAUAUACAAAUUCAAAAUUCCGGCUUUCCUAGUUCAUUUAUUGACAACCUAAAUCAACAACAAAUGAGGAACUUGGGCAACCCACCAAAGAAGGCGAAAAUCGUGAAAAAGACAAAAGUUGCCGUCACUGCUCAAAGCAUUGUAAACUCACAGACGAAGACAGUAACCGUUACCCGACCAACGAUGGUUACGGCGAAUAUUUCCAAUUUACAAAAAGUUGACAAUUCUAAUAAAACAAGCACGACGGUAUCUCACAGUACAAAUCCUACUAAGAGUGAACCGACUCAAAUCAUUGCCAAUGGCCCUUUAAUGUCGUCUUCUGCUGGCAGUCAUGUAUCAGUUCCCUCAAAUGGUCAAAUGGUACAAAGAAUGGUACAAACUAUUCAGCUCCCUGUUCAAUUCCAGCCAUCGCUGAAAAACAUUCAGUCACAAAUCCAAGCUUUUUCGUCUCGAAAAUCUGGCACGCCGCAUGAUCAGGCCGCGUUGGCGAAAUUGUACCAGGAGCAAGCAAAGAUAUUGGCCAAUGGGAAAGUCGUUAGCACUACUACACAAUCUGUCAAUAGCACUGCCGAAACGACGUUCAAUGUAAACGUAGUUUGCACAGUUGGGUCGAAUGUACUUUCACAAAAUUCAUUCAAGAACCAGACAUCGGCGGCGCAAACGCAAACACAAACUUCCACCGCUGUUAUGCCAGUAACAUCUCAAACUCCAAGUUCAACCACAUCUGUAACAAUGCCGAGUAGCUCGAGUAGCAGUUACAUUAAUAACAUUACGGUGCCACAAAGUGUACAAGGGCAGCAAUCGAGUAUAUCGAGUACUGUGACACAGAGUAUGCACGCCAAACAGCAUAAGUUUUAUCAGAAUCAUGGGACUCAGAUAUUGAAUCCGUCCUCUGCGAACAUUCAAAUCUUCUCGCCGCCGAUUACAUCCGUAACAACCCCGCAGUUACAGAGCAACGCACAACAAUUGACCCAAGUGCAAACGCAGCAGCAAUCAGGCAUACAAUGUCAGCAACAAUCGACGCAGUGUCAGACGGACCCACUGGACUUCAAGCCGAACAUACAGACACCGAGUCCUGUGAAACAAGAACUCCCCUCCCCUAUCCAAGUUCAAGUUCAAAGCGGCUCGCCUGCGAAUCAAGUGACCUCGCCUAGAAUGAUAAGCAAAGGAACGCAGAGGAUUCAGAGUCCUGUAAAUACUAACGGAAAUGCUAUGAAGCAACUCGUGAGUCCUACCAGCAACGCCAAUCCUUUGAUAAGUCCGAGGCAAGGCGUAAAAAGGCGUGCGACCAGCCCGAUUUGUAGGCAGUCGAACCGCAGCGAAUUAGUGGAACAGCAACUACAAAUCGAUCAAAAUGGUGCAACCAAUCCAGAUAUGAAUACACCAUUUUCAGGCAAGCGGGAUGCUUGCAAACGUUUGGUACGGUAUCAUUGUUUAAAUGAGCAAGUACUAGGACCCAAGGAUCUGACAAAAGCGGACGAAAUAUUUGAAGAGACAGCGAAACAUCUGUUGAGCAAAUUCAACUCUAUGAUAAACAAAUACACGUAUCUUCUCCUAAUGGAAAGCAUGCGCGAAGUGAGGACGUCGGAAUUGAUGAUGAUUGAUAGGACUUUUGUGGCUGAAGAGCAAAGUAUUCUCAACAGGUUACGAGAACAACAGGCAAAAGUUGACGAAGAGGUUAAGAAGGAAGAAAAACCGUUGGUGCCAAAAGUUGAACCUGGCCUUGUGGAUGAGAACAAGUCAACCUUAACAGCAUCGUCGCCUUUGGUGAAUGUAUCUGUAAAACGCGAACUGGAGGAUGAUUUCCCAAACGACGAAAUAGAAUGCAAACCAACGUUUAAGACGGCGAGUAGUACCAGUAGUAACGAUUACGACGAGUGGCUGGAGAUCCAGAAAGCACUGGGUGUGUUUCCAUCUACUGCAGACACUUUGAAGUGUAAAAACGGCAAUAACAGUGGUGGUAGUAGUGCGUGUACUGUUACGAGAUCAUCGAAAAUUGAAAGAACACGAGCGAACGGCGAGUGUCUUCGUACAAAUGUUGCAAAUACUAGUUUGCCCGGUGUCUCGAACGCGAUUAUGAAAGACGAUUGCGAGCAGGAUGUAAAUACGCCCUUCGACAGGCGUUGGAGUAGUGCCACUGAUCUUGAACGGGAUUUGUCAGAGGAUACCGACUUGGAUGAAUUGGCUUUGCAUUCGCAGACGCAAUGUCCAAGCAGUACUGCCCAUGUAACGAGCAGCGAUAGCGGGAACGCCGGUAACGAGCAUGAUGAAAUCAACGCGCAAGUACAGUCCGCCAUUGACAGCAUCCUUAAUCUUAAGCAACGUCCUACGAAUACCCUAUCGGGCAGCGGUAGCGGUAGUUCGUCGCAGUCCGGCGACUCGAAAGACACUGCGCUGGACCAAGCAGUCCGCAGCAUCUUAGGCUCGUGACCCUCCUUUAGUAAAGUAUGUUAAGAAGUGAAAGUUGAUAGUUGAAUCAAGCUAAUUAUUCAUCUUAAGAGUUUAGAGCGGUUGUAAGUCGAUUUUUUCAUGGUUUUUGUGGAUAUCCUGGAAAUGUCUACCUAUCAUGAUAAACUGCGUUUUAGUAUUGUCGGGCAAAUUGUUUCCGAUAUCGGCAUAUCUUGAACCACACAUCUAUAUUAACUAAAUUAUUUGUAUAAAUCAUAUGUGACUUUAUUGUUUUAUUUAUACGUCAUUCAGCAAGCUGGAUCGCCCGUACAUGUUUCACUGAGCAUUUUGAUUUAUCAAAUAUUCUGUUCUACAAUGGCAAUAAUUAUUCAUAAUAUACAAACAUGUAUACUUUCCAGUAGUCUAGCUGUAAUAAAGCCACCGCGUAAAUCUAAUUCUAGCAGCUGUAAAUGUGAAUAGAUUUAGAUAGAUAACUCGCUCAGAUUUUUCAAUAUGCCACUUUGUAAUGUAAUUUUGUAAAAAGUAAUUAUUUAAAGCAACUUAUUCCACUUCAUCUCUAGUACUUGUAGGAGAAUCUUCUUGAUACUUAAAAAAUUGGGUCGGUGAAUAUUGUACAUACGUUUUUAAGGCAUAUUAUUAAUAUUAUUACGACUAUUAUUUGUAUUAUUGUUAUUGAGAUUUAUUCUCAGAAUUAUUAUUAUACUAUCGUCUUUAUGAUUAAUAUCAUCCUUGGUAUCGACACUGGACAUAUGAAAAAAAGCCAAGAGAAAGUAAUAGCGUGAUAUACUGAUAAGUGAAAGUAUGAGAAUACAGAUCAUGGAAUGUAAAUUAAUACAAGGCGAUCUGUUAUUGGCGAUACAAUCAAACAGGUAAUGAUCUCGUAUGAAAAGAUGAGUGAAAUUUUCUCUCACUCAAGACUUUAUAUUCUCAGAAAUAGUUUUCCGUAUAAAAGUUCUCUUGUACAAAAAUUAUAGGAUAACAGUAAUCGUCUUUGUAGAUUUAUUCUCCCUAAAUUGAUUGUUUUAUCGAUAACAGAUCAUUUUGUACAAGAAGAAAAAAGGAAAUAACAUUUACACAUGUUAUUUUGAAUUUAUUUCUGUGUGGGCUUACAAUUAGUGUUAAAACGCAAAAUCAUGGAGACAAAUGUUUUUAAAUAAUGUAUAGGAUUUUACGACUUUCCUUUUUUUAGCAUCACAUAUGGAUUCACGCUAGGUAUGUGGGUAAUCGAUGCAUGUGUCGGAGAGUGCAUGUGUGGAAAAAGGAUAAUCACAUAAUAACCGCUGGAUCAAUCUGAGAAUGAUUCUGUAAUUAUUGAAAUUGAUCGGUAUACAUUCCUAUGGUCAAAGCAUGAUUUUAUUUUUAAUUUUAUGCAAAAUAUUCUACUUAAAAUUGAUAAGAAAGAAACAAUCGCGAAUUUCUUUCUUGCUUCUAAUAUACGCUGACGCUGACGCUGACGAGUGCAGCGAUGACGAAAUGAUGAUACCAUCGCUCGCGAGAUGGAAGGAUUUUUAUUAUGUGAUCUCGAUCGUGUAUUCUUUUUCUACAUGUACGAAUUUAAAACGACUCUCUGGAGACGGCGGAAACGAUGCGUUUUCUGGCAAAAGCAAUCCAAGACUGACGUAUAUACAGAAAAAAAAGCAAGCAAAACUAUGUAAUGUAUUACAAUAAGGAGUAAUAAUCGUUUGUACAUACAUAAUGUUCAAUUACACUCUCGACGGCAAUCGCGACUUAAUGAAUUCCUCACGGAUUUCGGAGUUCGGUACACAUUCAAGUUCUUUCGAUCCCAAAUAAAUUACCGACAUUUCACGAGUAUGUAUGUACAUGAUCCUACGUCCCCGUCUGCUGAUUUUGGAUCGCGCGUUUCGCGGAGUUUGUAAUUUAUCGCGCGAUCAAAACAACGAGGUGUAACGAUACAACCGCUGACGAGAGUGAAGACAAAUGGUACCGUGAUAAUAUAUUAUAAAUAUAAUUUAAAGAAUCAUCUUAUUUUUCAGUCGUUUAUCAGUAUACCCAGGAAAAAAAAUCAUUAUUUGUAACAUAGCUAUAUAUGUCGCAGAAUUAUACAAUCUUGUAUACAAUCCAACUUGAUUUCUUUUACGAUGUGCUACUUGAAAUUAUUUUUACGUAAUGUAGACGAGCAGCAGGAUGGAAUCGUAACGAGAUUCGGCGCGAGCGUAACGUAUAAAGUAGGGCUCCCCAAUCUUUUUCCUCGAGAGGGCCACAUUCAGAUCGUUGUAUUGAAACUAAUGAGUUCCACUUGUUAAAAUUAUCAAUGUCUUUAUCUUUUAAUUAUUUUAUAUUAUAACAGUCUGACGUGGCGACCAGCAGCGGCGACGGAACCGUGAAACCAAAAACGCAAUAUAUAUAUAUUAUUUUAUUUUAUAAAUUUCACGGGGGUCACAGAUUGGGGAUCUCUAGUCUGAGAUGUGCGCGAACGAGGGUGAUCGGGUGAUGAGUCCUGUGCGUUUUGUAUCUUGCAGAAGGAAGACGUUACGGGAAUUGUACAUUGCGUGAAAUUUUUCUAAGCCGAUAAAAAGUUCCGUGCACCAUGUA